AUGUCAGGCCGGAGUGGGAAGAAAAUGUCCAAGCUGUCCAGGUCAGCCAGGGCUGGUGUCAUCUUUCCAGUAGGCCGGUUGAUGCAUUACCUGAAAAAGGGGACAUUCAAGUACAGGAUCAGCUUCGGUGCACCCGUCUACAUAGCCGCUGUCAUUGAGUACCUAGUAGCAGAAAUCCUAGAAUUGGCUGGGAAUGCUGCGAGGGACAACCACAAGGCCCGGAUAGCCCCCAGACACAUCCUGCUGGCCGUUGCCAAUGAUGAGGAGCUCAACCAGCUGCUGAAAGGAGUGACCAUCGCCAGUGGGGGUGUCCUGCCAAAAAUCCACCCUGAACUGCUGGCCAAAAAACAAGGGAUCACAGGCCAGUCAGAAACGAUCCUCUCCCCGACCCCAGACAAAAGAGGAAGAAAGGCCUCAUCAGGCAGGAAGGGGGGAAAGAACUCCGUGAGCACCAAUCCACGGACGCCCAGGAAGUCCAUGCCAAAGGACAGCGGUAAGGAAAGAACAUCCAGUUCCACCUCUGAAGAUGGGCCAGGAGAUGGAUUCACCACCCUGUCUUCGAAGAGCCUCGUUCUGGGGCAGAAGCUAUCCCUGACCCAAAGUGACAUCAGCCAUAUUGGCUCCAUGAGGGUGGACGCCAUUGUCCACCCAACCACAGCCGAAAUUGACCUCAAGGAAGAGAUAGGUAAAGCCUUGGAAAAGGCUGGGGGUAAAGAGUUACUGGACAUGGUAAAGGAGCUUCGCAAAUCCCAAGGCCCUUUGGAAGUUGCUGAAACUGCCGUCAGCCAAUCCAGGGGACUCGCAGCCAAGUGUGUCAUUCACUGUCACAUCCCGCAGUGGGGCUCCGACAGCUGUGAAGAACAGCUGGAAGAGACCAUCAAAAACUGCCUGUCUGCAGCUGAGGAUGAGAAGCUUAAGUCCAUCGCCUUCCUGCCUUUCCCCAGUGGCAGAAACUGCUUUCCCAAACAGACGGCCACCCAGGUGACCCUCAAGGCCAUCUCAGCCCACUUCGAAGACUCGAGAGCAUCCUCUCUGAAGAACGUGUACUUCCUGCUCUUCGACAGUGAGAGCAUCGGCGUCUAUGUGCAGGAAAUGGCCAAACUGGACACCGAGUAG